UGACCAGUCAAGUAUUCCUGCACAGAGAGGUCUCUGGCAAAUGAAACACAGAAGAUAACCAGAAGUGAAAAGGCCUUUCCAGCAUCGCUUUCAUGGUUUUGGAACCGGCAACUUCCCUGUAAAAACCAUGAAUGGAAGUAUCAGCGCUUCCAACUGGACAUCCUUCUCUGGGCAAUGCUACCGAGAUACCAGGACAUCUCAUGUUGUAUUUCCAAUUUUGUACAGCAUUCUUUUCCUUGUGGGAUUUCUACUGAACAGUUUGGCUGUAGUUGCUUUUUUCCAGAUUCCAACCACCUCAAGUUUCAUUGUGUAUCUUAAGAACACCUUGGUUUCUGAUUCCAUAAUGACACUCAUGCUGCCUUUCAAGAUUCUAACAGACUCAGAACUGGGGUUAUGGCAACUUAAAGCAUUUGUUUGUCGUUUUUCUGCUGUAAUAUUUUAUCAGACCAUGUACAUAAGUAUUGUGCUGCUUGGACUUAUUUCCUUAGAUAGGUUUCUCAAGAUCAUUCAACCUUUUGGGAAGUUCUGGUUGCAUAAUAUCACUUCAGCUAAAGUGGUUUCAUGGAUUGUCUGGGUCUUCUUCUUUGGCCUCUCCUUGCCCAAUAUGAUUUUGUCAAAUCGUGAGGCUACACCUCUCUCAGUAAGGAAGUGUGCUUCAUUGAAAAGUGACUUGGGACUGAAAUGGCAUGAGGCUGUCAAUUACAUCUGUCAAAUUAUCUUCUAUCUUGUACUAAUUUUGAUGCUUCUGUCUUAUAUAAUUAUUGCUAAAAAGAUUUAUAGCUCUUAUAAAAAAACAAAGAUAUCAGAGUGUAAAAUUAAACAAAGAGCCAAAAGUAAGGUAUUUAUAAUUGUAGCUGUUUUUUUCAUCUGCUUUGCCCCUUUUCAUUUUGUUCGGGUACCUUAUACUCUUAGUCAAAGUGGCCAACGUGUAGGCUGCACUAUACAGAAUCAAUUAUUCAUAGCUAAAGAAAGCACUCUCUGGUUAGCCACUGCAAAUAUAUGUAUGGAUCCCUUGAUAUAUAUAUUCUUAUGCCGGCAAUUUAUAGAAAAAGCUUUUUGUGUUAAGUUACAAAAAUCCAGAUAUAUAACCCAAGAAAGUCCAACACUGGCACUGGAUACUGGAAUAUCUACAUAGAACUUUCUAUUUCCCAGUAAAUAAGCAUUGGAAACUAUUUUUAAAUGCCAAUUGCAGGUUAUUAAUAGAAAAAUAUAGAUUAAAUAGUGUAAUUGUGUUCCUAUAUGCUUGGCUAGUAUGUCAUUGUAUCUUAACCCGAGUUACAUAUUUUCUCAUGUGGGAAAAUGGAACUAUGCUUGCAAUCUGCACGUGUUUCACAGGUAAGACCACAGUACUGUUAAGACCACAGUCCACUUGUUUGGAGAAACAGAAUUUGCCUUAAUCUGAACAAUAGACUAG